CUUUUAUUCUCCCUACGCUACACCACUUUCAAAACACGCGCCAAAAUCGCGCACUUUCAAAACGCGCGCCCAAAAACAUUAAACCGGUCACACUAAUAUACCGAUAGUCGACUACCAUCGCUAUAUCUCGUGACCCGAUAACGAGUUAUCGAGAUCGGGAUUCUCGUCAUCGACCACUCUGGGCACACUCAACGGGGCCUAUAUAAGCAGAGGCAAGACCCCAGAUGAGUCACUUGCGUUCCGACGAUCUUCGAGGAAACAUCAGCAACAAGAAACCAAGUAGAUCUCUCCCAACGACCCAGAACACUUCGACCCGACGUACGCACGACGAAGCAGUUCAUAACUCGGCCCAUCCGCAGUGCCGAUACUCGCAGCAAGCAGUCCAUCACUCGGCCCAUCCGCAGCGCCGACACUCGCAGCAAGCAGUUCAUCACUCGGCCCAUCCGCAGCGCCGACACUCACAGCAAGCAGUUCACCACUCGACCCAUUCGCAGCGCCGACAGCAAGCAGUCCAUCACUCGGCUCUUCCGAAGCGCCGGAUCGACAGAACAAGCAGUCCCGACGCAUCUACACACAACUACACGAUUAUACGAUUACUUUGAAAUACACGUCUCUAGUUUUACCCAUCUGUGUCAUUAUUGGGGAAAGGGAGGUAAACCGAUCUAUAGAGGAAUAAAUAUAAAUAUCUGUCACGAACCCUGACCACGGCGAGCUAUACCGCCUCCCAAAACAGGGUCGUUACAGUGGCGCCCGAACAGAUUAAAAACAAACAGAUAGAAACCUCAAAAUACCAACAAAGAUCGUUUACCCUCUUCCUCAACACAGCAACACAGCAACAUGGAAGACAAGCUGACUCGAAGCUGGAUCAGCAAUUGCAACAAGGCCCAACUGGAAAUCUAUCUGAGGGAAUUCGACAUCAAGCCAGAAACGCGGUGCGAGGACAUGCGGAAACAAAUGUCGGAGUUAAUCAAGAGCGGUGCACACAGCGAAGAAACAACCAAACGUCUCCAAGACCUAGCACAGAAGCACGCGAGAACCCCAUCACCAGCACCCGACGGAAUGGAGAAAAACCAGAACUUGUUACAGAUACCAGACAAACAAGAGACAAGCAACGGAAAACCCGCACCCGAGCCCAGAAAGACCGACAAAGUGGCCACAAUGGGAGUAAUACGAAGCUGGGGAGAAUUUUACGACGGCACGGGCGACCCGACAGAAUUCAUUUCUAGAAUGGAAGAGCUGGCAAAGGCCUAUGGGAUAGAGCUCGACAUGAGCUAUGGUAAUUUUGCUCAGAGACUGUGCCCUGGACUGGUGGCACACCCAUCCUACCCCAAUGCCAUCGUGGGAAAACUUUAAAAAGGAAUUCCUGGGAUACUACAGACCAACGGACCACGAAGAGAGAGCGAUGGAAAACAUAACACGCAGACACCAGGGUACAAACGAGCCAGCAAAAGACUACGCGCGGGAACUACGGAAGAUUAUGAGAUUUACCACACUCACGGAAGGAAAAAAACUAGAGUGGGUCUACCGGAACAGUCGUGUGGAAUUUAAAAAGUAUGCUAAACGGGGAGAAUGCCGAACCCUAGCAGAAUACCUGCAGUUAGCAAAGGAAUUCGAGGCCCUCCAGCCACAGGAACGCACAACACAACAAACACCGGAGAAUCACUGGACACAACAGCAGCGACCGGGAAAUUUCGGGAGACAACAGCAAACAUCCGGAAAUUUCGGGAGACAAACAAGAAACCAAUGGAGACCCCAGGAACAACCACAAACACUGAACCGAGGAAUCACAAGAUCAUUCAGCAUGAAUAAUAGAUGUUCAAGGUGCAAAGAAGAAGGACACAUAGGACAGCAGUGCAACAACACACCAAGAAUAUAUUGCUGGAUAUGCGGACAUGAUGGAAUACGCACAAUCCAUUGCUGUCGCCGGAACGAAACGGCGGGAAACGCCAGAGGCCCAUGGGAUCAGAGCGGGCACCCAGGGCAAACACCACACCCGCAACAGCAAUAAACUUCAAUGGCCGACGACUAAUUGCACAAGUGAAUAU